AUGGAACACAUAUCAAUUGUGACAGCAGGUUUGAGCUACGUUCCAGCCGGACUGACGUUCGGCUACCUGCUGAUGCUACCUGCUCAUGAUGGCAUCUACAAGGAGACCAUGUACUGGCCGUUCAUUGUGGCAAUCAUCACGCUGAUCAUCUCGGUGGCGCUAACCAAUGGCCUGAAACUGAACUACCGCAAGUGUCAGUUUGUGCACUUUUACCUGCAACUGGUGGCGAUGUUGUUCUACCUAGCCGCAGGUCUGAUCUUCGUGCUGGUCAAUGACGUCAUUCCCGCUAUCUACCUGGGCGCGUGCGGUCUGGGCUUGACGCUGAUUCCCGGUCUCAGCUACAUACACAUCCGGGCACCGGCCCGCUGGCGGGCCGUGUACAUGUCGCUGUGCUACUUCUGGUUCCUGGCCGGGAUCGGAGCGACCGCAACGAUUUGCCUGCUCGUGUCCGACGACGAAAUCGACACGAUCAUGGCCAUAUGCUUGCUAAGUGCGGCUGUCGCCGUUGCCAUUAUGGUAGCGCUGAACGAGAUGCUGCAGCGCGAGGGAAUCGUUAACUACAAGAAACCGUUGGACUUCGAUACGGACAUUGCGCACGAGAGUGGCAAACUGAUGGGCGAUCGUACGGAGGGCAGAAAUUUAUACAAUAAUUUUACCGCUCCGACCGUGGCGACGGUGUCGGCCAAUGGUGGAGCGGUCCACAAGCAGUGGAACUCUUCGACGGAACAGAUUGUCGCCGGUGGCGAAACGAACAGAAGCAACUACCACAAACUGUGGGUGUUUUACAUGAUUUUUACCAAACUGCAAGGCUUGAUAGCUUUCUAUUAUAUAUUUUUGCAUCUCGGUAUGGUUUACAGUAUAAGCAUAUUCGAGAGUUAUUCCAUCGGUUAUGUAAUUUUCUGGUUCUUAGUUUUGGGUUCACUAAUAGGUACACUUUGUAUGAUUAUUCUCAGCGCAAAGAUAGUGUUUUUGGUGGCUUCUAUGCUGCAUACCAUUGGCCUAAUUCUGGCCGUAUCUUUCUACUAUACCGUGAUGGGCAAUAUCCACAUUGGAGCUUCGAUGAUUGUGUUUCACACCUUCAUUGGAGCGUCUCUAGCUAUCCCAGCAAUCAACAUUUUGGAGUUGUCUCCGUUGAACUUUAACGAAUCAAUCCUGGCAGUGGGUUCGAUCCUAGAGCUGCUGGGAGUAGCAUUGAUUCAAUAUUUCUCCGUCUUGGAUCGUACUUUUUAUCACCCUGAAGAUUACGUAACUGUUGCGGCGCAUUUCAUAGCAAUGAUCGUGCUAAGUGUCAUUUUACAGGUGAUAGUACUGUGGCACAUGCCAAAUACGUUCAAGAAAUCACUUGCCGAAAUCAAUUCCGAUCUAGCCCGAAUGACGUCCUAUUUCGCAUUCGCCCGAAUGAUGGUACCGAUCAGUGGCAACCGUCAACCGAUGGUUAGGGCGUACGAUGAAAGCAUCACUUCCGAGCCGCCGGAAGUGGAAGAAAAACAGUUGAGUACCCGAAACGGCCAUUUGGCCGUUGCUGUUUCUCGAUACAAUGACCGAAGCGACGAAAGUACGGGUAGGGGCAGCCCAUACAAUGAUUUCCCCGAGUCCAGAUACAGUCGACGGCAAGUGAUGGACCGCGAUGUCUCACCGACAUCGGAUCGGGAAGAUCCAUACCUGCAGGAGCAACUUCAGCGUCAGCACGAGCAAAACUACAUUCUUUCCCGGCAACAACACUAUCGACAGCAAGCUCGCGAAUCCCCUGAGCCGCAGCAAUAUAAUUACCGUUCUGAUAGACGUUCCGAAAACCCCUACCAACAACGUGCCUUCAAUCCUCCUCCCCGUGACGAUUACAGUCCCGAACGUCCACCAAGUAGAAGCAGCCAAAUGAACCACCGACCAGGUCCUCCCUUACUAGCCCGCCAGCAAUACUACGAACAGUACAGCCAAGAACGCGUUCAACCUCCGGUGCCAACAAAACCAUCACCCGUGCGUCAAUCACCAGCGUCGUCAAUAAAUAACGAUCCCAAUCCAAUGCCAGUUCCAAUGCUAGUCCGACGAUCGCAGCCAUCGCAAACCGUCAAGUCGGAACCGGGCUAUGCUGCUGCUCGGCCGCGUCUUCAGACGCAGAAAAGUGACGCACCGGCUCCGCCGCCUCUGCCACCGGCGGACUACCUAACCAAAUCGUUGCCGCGAAUCAAACCGGACCGGCCGGGGCGAGACACUAUCCAUCCGGUGCUGAGACCGAAGCCCACCCGGCAACGCGAGGAAAUCAUUCCGGGUGUCGAGUACACCAGCAACCUACGGCCGUCGGAGUUUUUGCGCGAAAACCGACAGUCGAUGUUCUUUCGCGACUCCAUGAUGGCACCCGAUAUGGGCUGA